CUCGGCUCCCCGGGGACCGCAGCAGCCGCUGUAGACCGCCAGGUGAGCAGUAGAUAUGGAUCUAGACAGCGUUUCCCCAUUCUCUUCUCUGCAAGCUCUUGCUAAACUGCUUGCUGACCCUCAGGAAGAAGACAGUGAUGACAAUGACUUCGGGUCACAUUCUUCUUCUGUUAGCACUGUGGGUCCCGGGAAUAUCGGACCAGCAAAGAAAGCAGAGCCCACAGUCACCCCUGAUGUGAAGUCUGGAAAUCGUAAAGAUAUCUGGAAUACAGAGGAGGUGCCAGAAGGAUCAGAGUUUGAUGAUAUCUGGGAUCCAAGGGAACAGCCAGAGUAUGAGAUUUUAUUCAAGCAGCAGGUAGGAGCGGAGGACAUCUUCCUGGGGAUGAGCAGAAAGAACCCUUCCACAGCCUGUUGCGAGGACAUGCUGAUUAAAAUCAAACUGCCAGAUACAAAGUCUUCAGACAUUACACUUGAUAUCCAGGACAAAAUUCUUGACCUUCGAACCCCAAAAAAGAAGCUGCUACUGCAUCUCCCCCACCCUGUGGACAGCAAGAAUGGCAAAGCUUGUUUCAUUUCAGAAAAGGAGACCCUGGAAGUCACCUUGAGGAUGAAAAGAGAGUUUGACUUCAUCAAUUUUGCCUAAGGGAAAAUGGGGAAUGUUUUCAAACAGUGAUCUAUAUGGCUACCUGAUUGAUAGCCAAACGUUGGCCUAUUCCCCUUGGGAAUGGUUCAGGAAGGAUAGAUCCUUCCACUGCAGCUCCUAGUUGUGCAGUUAGGCAGUGUGAUGAACCACCCCAUAUGUCUAUUGGAGGUGAAUAGGAAUCAGAGGUGUCUCUGAGCAAGUAUAGUAUAGUAUUUCUAUCUUUGUGCAAUUCUAUCUCUGAGCUUGGGAUCCCAGCCUUACCAUAUAAAUUCUCAGAACUUCUGAAUUUUCUCUGA